AUGAUUCUAAAUUUAUUAACACUCAGAAAAAUAAGAAAAAAAGGAGGAAGCUUUGGAGAAUGCUUGUUUAGUUUGUUUACGAGAUUCUUCGUCCAGAUCCGGUCGGUGAUCACCAAAGACUCCGGAAGCUCGCAGAGAGAAAUUGGGAAGAAAGAAGAAGAUCAGGACAAGAAUGUGCAAAAAAUCAAUAUGACAAAUGGUAGUCUCUUUUUUUUCUGA